AUGUGGAUCCUUUUGUUUCCGGAAGGGAAUGAGUUGGAUGAAUUAUCUUGGGUUUAUGAAGGAGACGAGCGUGACAGCGUGCAGGGGGAAGAAGAGAACCGGGUGGAGGUUGGUGAUUUGAGUGGAAAAAGCACGGUACAACAGCAACCACCGGGGAUGGAGGCUCCUCCAGCAUUGGCCCAUAGAUCGGAUGGCUCCACCGCGGCCGUACCACCGCCGCCGCCGGUCCUCUUCAAGAGGAGGCGGAUUGCGAUAGCCGUGGGGAGGAUGAAUAUGAGCGCACAAACAGACACCUGCUGCCACCUCUCCAUUUCUCUAUUUUGA